AUGGCUGAAGCCACCACGGCCUCCCAACAGCUACGCGCGAAAGGCAACGAAGCCUAUCUCGCUGGUCGAGUUCCAGACGCUAUAUCACUGUAUGAGAAAGCCGCUGAGGCUGCGCCAGAUGAUCCAGCGCCAUUGUCGAAUCUUUCUGCAGCAUUCUUCGAGCUCGGAGACUAUAAUGCUUCAGUCAAGGCAUCGGACCAUGCAAUGGCUUUCAGUGAAGACGAGAGCAAGCGGCAGAAGCUAUAUUUACGAAAAGCCAAGUCCCUCCUUUAUCUUCUCGACUACGAUGCCGCCGCUGUGACAGUUGAGAAUCUCGAGGAGGGCGUCGAGAAGACGAAGCUCAAUGCCGUAAUACUGAACACACUCCAGAGCCGCUCGAAGGCUGAGGCCGAAGAAUCUUUGACAAUUCCCAGACGGCUGAUCACAGACCUGCCUAGGUACAAGGAGAUGAUACGUAACGUUCAGCAGUACUUUACAGUAGGUCACGAUAUCCCAGAGUCUCUGUACGAUGGGGACUUGCUCGAUACCGGAAGAGAAAAGAUAUCACUGCUCUUCGCGGGCAUUGGUGAUGGGCGACAUCUUUACCAUACCAUUCUAUCUGCUGGAUUCGAUAAGAAGGCGAGCGAAAAAUGCUUCCACUUGACGAUUGUCGACCACAAAGCCGGUGUCAUCGCUCGAGAUUUCCUGGUCUUGCUUAUGAUCAACGACUUCUCAAAAGUCCUGGAUGAUGACGAGAAAAAGGCGACGAGCUUGAUCUUCCCGCUCUUCUAUUACACAUACCUUUCGCCUAUAAUGCCUCCUUUGCUUCACGAUGUUCUACAGGCGAAGAUUGGUGAUGCCAUUGCCAUACUUCACCAACCAGAGCUCAUGCCUGCUUUCUUGGAUAUUCCCAUCGCAUAUCACGAUGAGGCCCUUCGUAUGUUGAUGGAAUGGCAAGAGGAGGCGGGGACAGAGUACCCGACCAAGCCUGUGAGAGAGGAAGUCGUCCGGCAGAGGAAGCAAGGGAAACAGUCCCAGUUAGGCAUGCUGAUGAAGUAUGGUAAGGGUAUAGAGGAUAUCAGGCCACCACCUGUCAGCUGCGAAAAGGAGCAAGCUUUCUACGAAGAGUUCGGAAUUUUGACCAUGAAUUGGGCUAGUCAUCAACUGUUCUACGAAGAGGAACUCCAGCAAGCGUUUGAUGACUUCGAUAUGGAUGACCCCGAAGCACUCAAUGCCGACUUCCUGGAUAAAGUCGAUGACUGCUGGAAGACCAAUCCCACUUUUGUAGAUCUGGAGUGGCAGCGGAAUCGUGAAGAUUCACACAUGUACUUGGUUGUUAAUCACGAUCCUUUCGAAACUGGUCACGACCUGCUGCAAGCGGGUGCCAAAGCUCCAGAGAAACAAGGACUGUUGAAUAUCGUUUCCUUCUGGUUCAACGGCAUCUGUCAUGGUUUCUCCCGGAUGAGAGGCCGAUGCAAAGUUGAGGCAUGCAUUGGCGACAUUGCAACAGUCCUGGAGCAAAUCACGUCUGGCACAGUUGGUCAUCGAGCAGCCUCAGACGGAUCGGACACUGUGACGGAUAAGUUGCAGGCUGAUGACAUUCUUCACAAGGAGCUGGUUGUCUAUCCAGCAGCAUACGAUCGCAUCCAUUUGUCGAACAUUCCAGACUACAUUGGUGGCUCACUUCCAGUGUACUUGCAUGCCAUUCCCGCGUUGUAUCCAGGCGAAACCUCCUACGUUACUUCAACCUGCCUACGUAACCCUCCUCGCUGGAACUCGCAUAGAGAUUUCGACCAUGAGUACGUUGCACUCAGCGAGCCUACAGAGCUGGAGUCGAUCUUUCACGUCCGUGUGGAACAAGCCCAGGACCUAGGUGACUACCCGAUACUGGCCCAAUACGUGCGAUGGUACCAUCAUCCGGUCCCAGCUUCGUUCUCGAACUUGCUCCCCCGUGCUCGCUUAGAAACUUGGUUGUAUCGACUCUUCUUCAAGACGAUGAUUCCGAUCGCGAGACCUAUGCGUGACUCUGCAUUGAUCUACUCCCCACUGAACCUUACGGUCUUCCUACGACUGUGUAGUCAUCUGCAUACGGCCGGCUAUCCAGCGCACUGGAUGAGCGGCGUCCUCGAAGCACUUAUCUCUGGUAGUGUGAGAACUACAGCUCGUCCGCCAAGAUCGGAUCCCCUAGCCAUCGAAGAGACCGAAAGAAAAAUGCCCAUGCUCAUGCAGUCAACGAAGCCAUUCAUUGCGGAGCUAACCAGUUUGCUCAGUUUUUGGCAAUUCUCGUUACCUUUCGGAGUACUCUCAGACAACAUUCCCAACAGGAAAGAUGUACAUCGCUACGAAAUCGACUUUCCCAAAUGCGAAGAUUUCUACGCAGAAACACCAGUCUUUAUCCUAGCGCUCUUCCAUCUGAAAAUCUUACCUGUUGAGGCAUGUGAAAAUGUACGACCCGUACUACUGAGCGAUGAACUCGGCAGUUCUUCGCCACGAGCGAGAGAAGCUAGAGAUGUAGGGUUACAUAUCAUAUCGACUUGGAAAUGGAAGAGAGCUGCGAAGAGGGCAACUUUCUGGCUGAGAGAGGAUGUUUUGAAUGCAUAUAAAGAUGAUCCGAAUUGGGGUCUGGCUAUUUGGCGGACUGAUACUUGGAUUUUACAUUCUGGACCGAGGGGUUUGCGGGGAUUGAGGGAUAUGGGGAGGUUUUGGAUGGAUUAG